CAACAACUCUAGUAAAUAUUUAAACAUAAAGUCAAAAAGAUGAUGAAACAAAUUAGCUCUUCCUCAAACAAGAAAUUGCUCACCUCCCUCACUUGUUCAACUUUGAGAAACUUUUCGACCCGAUCAUUGUGUGCCUUUAAGGAAGUUGAAUUUUUGGAUAUUCGUGAAUCAUUGGAAGGUGCCUCUGCCAAGCAUGUUCAAGUUGUCGAUGUCAGAACUCAACAAGAAUUUGAAACAGCUGAACACAAAUUCAAUAUUGGUUUCAAUUUACCAGUCCAAACUCUUUCUUCCAAUAUUUCCCUUCUAGAUACUUCCAAGCCAGUUUAUGUCGUUUGUCAAUCUGGUUUGAGAGCUAAACGUGCUGCUGAAAUGUUGGAUAACAGUGGAUUCAAAGAUGUCUAUUGCAUUAAGGGAGGUUUCAAUGAUAUCAAAAAUAAGGCCACCUCCAAUGAUCCAAUUGUUGCCAAGAGAGACACCAAUGCUUCUCAAGUCUGGUCAUUGGAAAGACAAGUCAGAUUCACAGCUGGUAUGUUCGUUGCAGCUGGUGUUGCUGGUUUCCUCGCUAGUGGAAAUCCAUACUUUUUGGCAGUGCCUGGAUUUGUUGGUUGUGGUCUAAUGUUUGCCUCCAUUACCAAUACGUGUGCUAUGGGUGCAGUCUUACUCAAAAUGCCAUGGAACAAGGUUAACCCAAAUGUAUGUCCUGUAAUAAAGAAAUAAUACUUUAUCUUGUU